GCCUACCAAACCUCAGAGGAGGCGGUUACGCAGGACUCUGCGGCUUUUGGGAUCCGAGGAAGCAGGCAGGACCACAGCCCAAGUUUACUGAGACAGAAGUCACAGCAGGGUUAUGCCCUCCAGGGCAAGAGGAAGGGGAUUUCUUGAAUAAUGAAAACUUCUAAGUUUAAAGGAAAAGAUUUGUGAAUUGGACUGCAUUUAAAUUCAUCCAAAUUACAACAUAAAGAAAAUGAAAAAAUGGAUGAAUAAGACAAACCUGCCAGAUCCGAAGGAGGUGGCAGCCAUUGAGGCUAGAAAAAAUCAAGAAAAACAGCAACAGAGCCGAUUCGUCAAUGUGCGGACCCAGGUCAUGGGGGUGGAUGUUAAAGCCCUCGACAGCCAGGUGGAAGAGCGAAAGUUUCGAGAGGCAACAGAGCAGAGCAAGGAGGCAGCUUAUGCUACUUACCAGAAGCAGUAUGAUAUGGUAGCCCAGAUGCUAGAGAAGGAAGAGGCAGAACGGACACGUCGGCUGGCCAAGAAAGUCCAGGAAUUUCGAGAGCAAAAGCAGCAGGUCAAGAACAAGCAGGAAAUUGACUUUUGGGAUCCUAGCCGACAGUGGAUGGAGUAUCCAGCCUAUCUCAGGGACAGCGAAUCCUGCUAUGGUCCAUCCAGCCUGCAGUACUUUGCAAGGGAGGACCUGGAGAAGGCCACAUGCCUGAAAAUGCAGCAGGAGCAGUUCAGGCAAAGCCUGGAGAAGCAGCUGAAGGAGCGACAACAAGUCAGGGUUGAUAAGAAGUAUUCAGAUCUGCUCGAUGACCAGCUGCGCCUAGCCGUGGAUACACGGGCCGCCCAGCUGGCCAAGCUGGAGGAGUCCUGUCGUGUGGCCAUGAUGACUGCCAUGGCCAACGCCAACAAAGCCCAGGCAGCUGAAAUGGCUCAGCGGCAGCGCCAUGAGCAACGCCAUGAACAGGAGGCUAACCUCAAGGAGAUCCAGAAACAGGUCACGAGUAAUGUACUGACUGAGAACCCCCAGACUACCCAAAACCCUGUGGCUCCCCACCGGGUCCCACUCCAUUGUUGGAAGGGCAUGACUCCAGAUCAGUGUGCUGCCAUCAAGAAAGCCCAAAAGGUGCAACACCAUGAAAAGGAGGCACAGCGCCGGGCUGAACAAGCACUGGAUGCCAAAAGGGAAAGUCAGACCUUGAGCUUGGCCCAGGCAGCACUGCAGCUAGAAGAGCAAGAGAAGGAACUUUGUGCUGUAUUUCAAAGGGGGCUGGGCUCCUUCAAUCAGCAGCUGGCUACAGAGCAAAAAGCUCAGCAGAAUUAUCUGAAUUCGAUAAUCUACACCAAUCAACCUACAGCCCAAUAUCACCUGCAGUUCAAUACCAGCAGCCGCUGAGCUCAGGAUGGUCAUCUCUUCUCCCUCAUCAAACUCACAAAGGCUUGGAGUCAGAGAUGAAAAUGCUGAAGGCCUCCUCCACCAAUCCAUCCCCCCAAUAUCCCUACCUUUGACCCUAGUUA